CAAGUCGUUGUUCGACAUUAAGACGAAGAGUCGUAAAGCAACAAAGAUGCACUCUCGUAAAAAGUAGAAAUUUUAACAAAAACUCUCAUUAAAAGGCUUACAUUUCGCCAUGCGGAGCGCUUGAAAAAGUGCCAAAGCUUAUUAUCAGACACUCAACAGACUCAACCCUUAAAUUGUCGAGCAAAAUUAAAUUAACGGAAAAUAAGCCCACAUCAUAUGACAUAAGUUAAUUAAAGGACAACGCUGAAUGGAAUAGUUGCCAACAAUAUUAGAAAUUGGUGGUCAGCUGUUUCCAAUUAUCAACAGUGGAAUUGUAGCCAGAGCCAUCUCCCACCCAUUGAGCUCAGUAUACCGAAACGUUUUGAGCAGAAAACAUCGUCACAGGAAAACACAUACCGCCAAUACAUUUGCUUCCGAACGAUGGCUAUCAGGAAAGCGUUAGUUGUUUUGCUUAUCAGCUUUUUGUGCUCAGCACACGCCCGCUCAGUUUCUGUGGUUGGUGAUGUCUUCAUCGAAGUCGACGCUGACAAAUUUCGAUGCGACAAAAUUGAAUGUCCUUUGAAUGCCGAGUAUUGUGUGGUCACCAAGCAAAAGCAUCCAAAUGAUGCCUCAGUCUUGCUGCGUUCCAAUACCUGUUUUGCGAUGUCCGGCGAAGAACUGGUAAAGUCAGUAUUUAAUGAACCUAUUGAUCCCAAUACGCAGAUUCAGCUGACGUUACAAGCUAACCGCAGUGGAGGCAUCAGCUCAAUCAACUCCCUCAACUCCCUACAAACUAUAACUACCGGCGACUUCGAUGAGGAAGCAUUUAAUGCCCAAAUGAAUAAUUUCAAAGAGAAUUUCAGCCGCGGUAUGGCAAAUCUUAACAACGGUUUGAUGGCGAUGAGCAACAGGAUGCAGAAUAUGUUCGGUGGAAAAUAAUUUCGGUCGAAUGAAAAUAUAUCAGAAAAAAUUCCAACAGAAAAUAAUUUAUAUAAACUAAACGCAAAACCAAAAUUAUUUGAUAUAUAGUACAUAUAACAUAAUUGUAUUGUAAACCUUUUUUGGGAAAAUCUCCCGCAAAACUUUCAACUUCUACACUUAUAAAACUAUAUUCCAGAAAUACGACAAAGACUACAAUCAUGGCUACACUCAAAGCUUAAUGAAGCCUUAAAAUAGGUUUAUUUGACAGUUCUUUAAGGGAAAUCUGUCACAUGAACCCAUUUCAAAUCUAUAUUAAGUUUUGUGAAUGAGGUCGUAAUCCUUUACGGAAAGCUCUCAUUUAUAUUCCAAUACUUGUGUGUAUCCCAAAAAUUCUAAAUAAAUAAAGCAUAACUUCUAA